GUUCUGCUACUGGCACAGUACAAUCCACUGUCUUGUCUUACUCUGACUACAUCUCACGUCCUGAAGAUCAUAGCAGCAUUGUUCAUUUUAAUAAGGGUGAGACUGAGAAAAUCUGUCGUAUUAUCAUUAUUGAUGAUUCCCUGUAUGAGGAAGAUGAGACCUUCAAUAUUUCUCUGAGCGUGCCAGUGGGUGGCCAAAUUGGCACUGAAUUCCCAAGCACGAAAGUAAUAAUCUUGGCUGACACAGAUGAUGAACCUGCUGUGUACUUUGGUAACACUCAAUAUCAAGUGGAUGAAAGUGCUGGUUACGUGGAGAUUCACGUCUGGAGAACUGGAACAGACCUGUCCAAAGCAGCUUCUGUCAUGGUGCGUUCCAGAAAAACAGAACCAGUGUCAGCAGAGGCUGGAGUUGAUUAUGUGGGCAUCAGCCAUAAUCUGGAUUUUACACCAGGAGUCAACAUGCAAGUGUUUCGAGCGAUCAUCCUUGAUGAUUUGGGCCAGCCUAUUCUGGAAGGUCCGGAGAAGUUUGAACUAGUUCUUUGCAUGCCGGUGAAUGCAGCUCUUGGAGAGCCUAGCAAAACUACUAUCUUUAUCAAUGACACCAUCACUGACUUACCCAAAGUCCAGUUCAAAGAACCAAUGUACAUGGCAAAUGAAAAAGAUGAACAGCUGUUGGCCCUCAUUUAUCGAAGCGGUGACAUUAACCAUAAAUCCACAGUGCGUUGCUAUACUCGCCAGGGUUCUGCCCAAGUUAUGAUGGACUACAAGGAGAGGCCAAAUACAGAUGAUUCUAUAGUGGUAUUUCUCCCAGGAGAAACUGAGAAGCCCUGUAUUGUAACUCUGGAGAAUGAUGUAAUUUAUGAAGAGGAGGAGGAAUUCAGAUUGGUGCUUGGAUCACCAAAAAGUAAUUCUACUUUUGGUGCUUCCAUUGGAGAUCAGAAAGAGACUGUGAUCAAGAUUAAGGAUGAAGAAGACAAACCAGUGAUUAAAUUCUCUGAAGUAAAACACAGUGUUCAGGAGCCUCAGGAACCUGGAGAAACUGCACUAGUAAGAAUCCAUGUUCUACGCCUUGGCGAUAGCUCCAAAGUAUCUGUUGUCAGAGUGCACACAAAGGAUGGCUCAGCCACCUCAGGGGAAGACUACAAUCCAAUGUCAGAAGAUAUUGCAUUCAAAGAAGGAGAAACUGAGCAUUUUGUUGAAGUAGAGAUUCUGUAUGAUGGCAUAAAGGAAAUGAGAGAAGCGUUUACUGUCCACCUGAAAGCUGAUGAGAACAUGGUAGCAGAGACACAGAUGAAUAAAGCCAUUGUGUACAUUGAAGAAAUGGACAGCAUUGCAGAUGUGACGUUUCCAGCUGUGCCCCAGGUUGUCUCACUUCUGAUAUAUGACGAUACUGCUAAAAGCAAAGAGAAUCCACACCCUCCAACCGGCUAUCCUGUUGUCUGUGUAACGGCAUGCAAUCCCAAGUACUCUGACUACGACAAAACCGGAUCCAUCUGCGCCACAGAAAACAUCAAUGAUACUCUGACCCUGUACCGCUGGCUUGUCAGUGCUCCAAGUGGGAGAGAUGGUGUCACCAGCCCCAUGAGGGAAGUGGACUCCAACACUUUUUUUACCAGCACCAAAUCCAUCUCCCUGGACUCUAUAUACUUCCAGGCAGGCUCCAGGCUUCAGUGUGCAGCUCGAGCUGUGAAUGCCAAUGGUGAUGCAGGUCUGGAGCUGCUAAGUCCAAUUUAUACAGUAAACAGAGAGGAAGGUCUUUGCCAACCUCGCAUCCCAGGAACAGUAGGAGCAGAACCUUUCUCAGCUAAAAUUCGCUACACGGGUCCAGAUGAUCCUGACCAUCCCAAUCUGAUCCGACUAACAGUCACAAUGCCCCAUAUGGAUGGAAUGCUGCCGGUUAUCUCCACGCGCCCCUUAUCCAACUUUGAGCUAACGCUUAGUCCAGACGGCACUCGUGUGGGACACCACAAGUGCUCCAACCUACUGGACUAUAAUGAGAUCCAGACCAAACAUGGCUUUAUUACAGAGGAAACUAAGAACGCCAGAGCAAUUGGAGAAACAUCACCUUACCAGUACAGCAGUGCUCUGCGGUCCGCCAAAACCUUGCGUUUCUACCAGAACCUCAACCUUGAGGCUUGCCUUUGGGAGUUCAGCAGUUACUACGAUAUGUCUGAGCUGCUGAUGGACUGCAGUGGCUCCAUUGGCACAGAUGGGCAGGUCUUAAAUCUGGUGCAGUCGUACGUAACUCUGCGGGUGCCUCUCUAUGUCUCCUAUGUCUUCCACUCCCCUGCUGCCACUGGUGGCUGGCAACAUUUUGAUUUGCGGUCUGAACUGAGGCUUACCUUUGUGUACGACACGGCUAUCCUGUGGAAAGAUGGGAUAGGCAGCCCUCCUGAAUCAGAGCUCCAAGGCUCCCUCUAUCCCACGAAUAUGCGGAUCAAUGACGAAGGGCGACUAGUGGUGAACUUCCGAACAGAGAUUCGUUUCUGGGGCCAGCUGGUGGUGUCCCACCCAGGAACAUCUCUGGCGUCAAUGGUGAUGUCUGCUGACCACCCUGGCCUCACGUUUACACUCAGUCUGUUACGAAGUGAGCCAACCUUCCACCAGCCUGUGCAGCAGUGGAGUUUUAUCUCCGACUUUGCUGUGCGAGAUUACUCAGGUACUUACACUGUGAAAUUCAUCCCUUGCACUGCUGCGCCUGGUCAGCAAUAUGCCCUUCCUGUCAUCUGCAACCCACGGGACCCUAUUGUGUUUGAUAUGGACAUCAGGUUCCAACAGGUCAGUGACCCUGUGGCAGCAGAGUUCAGUCUAAGUACUCAAAUGUUUCUGCUGUCCAAAAAGGAGCUUUGGAUAUCUGAUGGAUCAAUGGGAUUUGGAGAAGGAGCUGAUGUAGCCUUUACCAAAGGAUCUGAAAUCUAUGGCCGGGUGAUGGUGGAUCCAGUUCAGAAUCUUGGCGACUCCUUCAGCUGCAACAUCGAGAAGGUGUUCCUUUGCACUGGUGCCGAUGGGUACGUGCCCAAGUACAACCCAGACAAUCAGGAAUACGGAUGCCUGGCUGACUCACCCUCCCUCUUGUACAGGUUCAAGAUCCUGGAUAAAGCUCAACCUGAGACGCAAGCAAGAGUCUUUGGAAACCUGGAGUUUCAUGCUACAUUGGCAGCUGAUCAUGCAGACGCUUUUCCUCUAGUAAAACAGCCUGGUUCUGACGGUUUCAGCCUGUCAUCUGCUCCGCUCUUCCAGGUGGCAGCUGGCCGAGAAUGGUACAUUCACACUAUUUACACGGUCCGAUCAAAGGAAAAUGCACGCAGGCACAAUGGCAAAAGAAGUCUUGACUACCACCAUGUGCUGUCCUCUGCUAAAGGAAGAGUUAGCACCACAGCCUUUAAACGCAGCAGAAGAGCCAACCCAGAUGCCCUGGCCUUCGUACAAGACAUUGGAGCAGAUAAAAACAGGGGCACGAAUAUUCAGCAUAUUGCACUUGACCGUUCUGACAAAGCUGUCAUCACCCAGAAAGACAUGGUCCCAGCUGGCGUGCCGCACCACAGGCCAGUUCUGGAAAUCACAAGCGGGGACUCUGGAAACAGUAUUGUACCUGUUACUGGAGGCUUGACAGGACUGCUGGUUUUGAUCUGCACUGUGGUUGUAACUCUUUUUUUGUUGAAGCAGAGG